AUCGACAACGUCAAUACCUCACACGAAAGGCUGAACCUCAGCCUCUGAACCCACCAACACCCCCCGUCCGACAACACCACAAAUCCACGGCGACAAUGCUGCGAUAGAAAUGCGUGGCCAAAGCUAGCAAACAAACCCGGUCGAAGAGCUAGUUAUUAUGAAACGCCACGGCGCCAACGGCGAGAACAAUGGCCUCCUGGGCGGCAGCGACUGGGAGGAGUUGAACGAAUACCCCAGCCGCGCGGGCUCUCACUCGCCCUCUCUGCGGAGCGAUGAUGCUGCGAACGCGAAGGAGGACGAGACAAGGAGCGCGUCGCGCACGCGGCCGACCCCGAGGACGCCUAUGAAAGUGCACUUCGAUAUCCCCCGCGACGACGACUCGCUCGCCGAAGCGGGCUAUAUGAAUGGAGGAGACGCGCAUGAGGGGAGAGGCGGGGCUAUAAGGAAUUCAGACCAUCUAGACGAUGAUGAUGAUCGUCACGAUGACGACGAGGGCCACGAUGCGCCGCUGCUCCCCAGCGCAAGCACUCCGAUCGACUCUGCGUUAGAGAACCCAGAUGAUCGCCCGACGUCGUCGCUGCAGGCUGCGAUCUCGAAUAUGUCGAACUCGAUUCUGGGCGCGGGGAUAAUCGGGCAGCCGUACGCGCUGAAAGAGGCGGGGCUGGCUGCUGGUGUGACGCUGCUGGUAGUCCUCACUGUGGUCGUCGACUGGACCAUCCGGCUGAUUGUUAUAAACUCCAAGAUGUCGGGGCGGAAUACAUUUCAGGGGACGGUGGAGUUCUGUUUUGGAUGGUGGGGACUGCUGGCUAUUAGCUUUGCGCAGUGGGCGUUUGCGUUUGGAGGUAUGGUGGCGUUUGCGGUGAUUGUGGGGGAUAGCAUUCCGCCGGUGAUCGAGGCCAUUUGGCCAGGUAUGAAGGAUAUUAGAUACCUGGGAUGGUUGGCAGGGAGGUCGGGCGCGAUUGUGGUGUUUAUUGGGUGUAUCAGCUGGCCUUUGAGUUUGUAUAGGGAUAUUUCGAAGCUGGCAAAAGCGAGCACAUUGGCGUUAUUCAGUAUGUUGGUUAUCAUCGGAACGGUAGUAACGCAGGGAUUCUCAGUCCCCGCCGAGCUACGAGGAACGUUCGAUUUACCACUCUGGACCAUCAACGUCGGCAUCUUCCAAGCCAUCGGCGUAAUCUCCUUUGCCUUCGUCUGCCACCACAACACCCUCCUAAUCUACUCCUCCCUCUCCACGCCCACCCUAACCCGCUUCUCCCUCCUCACACACAUCAGCACCAUCAUCUCCCUCUUCGCCUGCCUCGCCAUGGCCCUCUCCGGCUUCCUCACCUUCGGCUCCCUAACCGACGGCAACGUACUCAACAACUUCCCCAACUCACCUCUCGUCAACCUGGCCCGCUUCUGCUUCGGCCUGAACAUGCUCACCACCCUCCCCCUCGAAGCCUUCGUCUGCCGCGAGGUGAUGGUGAAUUUCUUCGCCCCCUCCGCUGCUGCCGAUGCACCUAUUAUGGACUCCCACGACUCGCCCGCCCACGACACCAGCACCGUCGUCCAUGUCGCGCUGACCACUGGAUUGGUCUGGGGCGCGGCGCUCAUCGCGACGCAAGUAUGUGAUCUUGGCACGGUGUUUGAGAUCAUUGGCGCCACGUCUGCGAGUAUUCUGGCGUACAUCCUCCCGCCGCUUUGCUACCUUAAGCUGAGCAAGAAGAAGGACUGGCGGAGGCCGGUGGCAUGGGGGGUUGUUGCGUUUGGAUGCACGGUGGCGGCGAUGACGCUGCUGCUUUCAGCGGUGAAGGUUUGGACGGGCGAGCAUGCUGCGGUUAAGAAAUGCCAUAGUUAAGAAGUGUAGGCAGAGUAGUUAGUCCAUAAGUCAGGAAAUAUAAGGCGAAAGGACGGGUUUGAUAGAUGUUACAAUAUACGAGCGGCCGUUUUGACCUGUGUAGAUUAUGGAUAUUUUGGAUGUAGAAACAAUAGAAAACGGCUUACUGCCAGGUUGAUAUCUC